UCAGCCAUCAGACGUGAGAGUCUAUGUGCCACCUGUCCCUGAGUCAAGGAUGCAGAGCAGACAGAAGUUCUCAGUUCUGACUGAGGCUCAAGUAGAGGUGGUAGACAUCUAUUUCUCUGUUUCUUCUGAAGUUCGUCCAUACUGCCAGUCCUUUUCAAACGCAAAAGCUGCCGUGUAGGUAGCCAUACCUCAGAAUACUGCAUUUUGGAUUUCUGGGUGUCUCUUGUGUCAGCUUUUUCUUUUAAGUUUGCUGUUCAUAUUAUGGCACUAAGGGAGAGCAUAUACCAUGGCCUCAAUCUGUAGUUAUGGGAAAUUUCUUUUCUGUUUCUAAAAUUUGUUUUCCUUUCGUGUGUGUAUAUGAUCUUAGUUGUUUUCCUUUCGUGUGUGUAUAUGAUCUUAGUUGUUUUCCUUUUGUGUGUGUAUAUGAUCUUAGUUGCAGUUUCUGUUACUCUGAUGAAACACCGUGUCCAAGGCAACUGGGGAGGAAAAGGUUUGUUUCAGUUUACACUUCAGGUGACAUCCACCACUGAGGGAAGUCAAGGCAGGAACCUAAACAGAGCAGGAACCUGGAAGCAGGAACUGAUGCAGAGGCCAUGGAGGGAGGCUGCUUACUGGCUCGCUCCUCAUGGCUUGCUUAGCCUGCUUUCUUAUAGAGCCCAGGGCCACCAGCCCAGGGAUGGCUGGACCCUCCCCUCUCAAUCAUUAGUAAAGGAAAUGCCCUUCAGGCUUGCCUAUACACCCCUCUUCUUUGUACCUUUUUUUAAAGGUACAGUUUUGUUUCUAUUUUUUUUUCAGUUACUACUGUACUUUAUUGUGUUCAACCAAAUCACCAUGUUACAAAAAUAGCAAGCUGCCAUAAUAAAAAAUAAGGCUCCUCUAUCCAGCACCAGAUAGCAUCAUUUUACUUUCAAGCCUAGAAAUUGCACACUUGUAUAUAAACCAACCGAAGAUGAGGAUUGAGACUUCAUCUUGGUGGAUUUUUCCUUUGAUGAAUAUGAAGUGUCCUUCCUUAUCUUUUUUGAUGACUUUUAAUUGAAAAUUGAUUUUAUUUGAUAUUAGGAUGGCUACUCCAGCUUGCUUCUUCUGACCAUUUGCUUGGAAAGUUGUUUUCCAGCCUUUCACUCUGAGGUAGUGUCUGUCUUUGUCUCUGAGGUGUGUUUCCUGUAGGCAGCAGAAUGCAGGGUCCUCAUUGUGUAUCCAGUUUGUUAAUCUAUGUCUUUUUAUUGGGGAGUUGAGGCCAUUGAUGUUGAGAGAUAUUAAGGAAUAGUGAUUAUUGCUUCCCGUUAUAUUCAUAUUUGGAUGUGAGGUUAUGUUUGUGUGCUUUUCUUCUCUUUGUUUUGUUGCCAAGAUGAUUAGUUUCUUGCUUCUUCUAGGGUAUAGCUUGCCUCCUUAUGUUGGGCUUUACCGUUUAUUAUCCUUUGUAGUGCUGGAUUUGUAGAAAGAUAUUGUGUAAAUUUGGUUUUGUCAUGGAAUAUCUUGGUUUCUCCAUCUAUGUUAAUUGAGAGUUUUGCAGGAUACAGUAACCUGGGCUGGCAUUUGUGUUCUCUUAGGGUCUGUAUGACAUCAGUCCAGGAUUUUCUGGCCUUCAUAGUUUCUGGCGAGAAGUCUGGUGUGAUUCUGAUAGGUCUGCCUUUAUAUGUUACUUGACCUUUUUCCCUUACUGCUUUUAAUAUUCUUUCUUUAUUUUGUGCGUUUGGUGUUUUGACAAUUAUGUGACGGGAGGUGUUUCUUUUCUGGUCCAAUCUAUUUGGAGUUCUGUAGGCUUCUUGUAUGCCUAUGGGUAUCUCUUUUUUUAGGUUAGGGAAGUUUUCUUCUAUGAUUUUGUUGAAGAUAUUUACUGGUCCUUUGAGCUGGGAGUCUUCACUCUCUCCUAUACCUAUUAUCCUUAGGUUUGAUCUUCUCAUUGAGUCCUGGAUUUCCUGUAUGUUUUGGACCAGUAGCUUUUUCUGCUUUACAUUAUCUUUGACAGUUGAGUCAAUGAUUUCUAUGGAAUCUUCUGCUCCCGAGAUUCUCUCUUCCAUCUCUUGUAUUCUGUUGGUGAAGCUUGUAUCUACAGCUCCUUGUCUCUUCUUUUGAUUUUCUAUGUCCAGGGUUGUUUCCAUGUGUUCUUUCUUGAUUGCUUCUAUUUCCAUUUUUAAUUCCUUCAACUGUUUGAUUGUGUUUUCCUGGAAUUCUUUCAGGGAUUUUUGCGAUUCCUCUCUGUAGGCUUCUACUUGUUCUCUAAGGGAGUUCUUUAUGUCUUUCUUGAAGUCCUCCAGCAUCAUGAUCAAAUAUGAUUUUGAAACUAGAUCUUGCUUUUCUGGUGUGUUUGGAUAUUCCGUGUUUGCUUUGGUGGGAGAAUUGGGCUCCGAUGAUGCCAUGUAGUCUUGGUUUCUGUUGCUUGGGUUCCUGCGCUUGCCUCUAGCCAUCAGAUUAUCUCUAGUGUUACUUUGUUCUGCUAUUUCUGACCGUGACUAGACUGUCCUAUAAGCCUGUGUGUCAGGAGUGCUGUAGACCUGUUUUCCUGUUUUCUUUCAGCCAGUUAUGGGGACAGAGUGUUCUGCUUUCGGGCAUGUAGUUUUUCCUAUCUACAGGUCUUCAGCUGUUCCUGUGGGCCUGUGUCUUGAGUUCACCAGGCAGGUUUCUUGCAGGGGAAAAGUUGGUCCUACCUGUGGUUCCAAGGCUCAAGUUUACUCGUGGGGUGCUGCCUAAGUCCUCUCCGAGGCGGCAGCAACUGGGAAGAUCUGCGCCGCUCUUUCCGGGAGCCUCCGUGCACCAGGGUUCCAGAUGACGUUUGGUGUUUUCCUCUGGCGUCUGGACGUGCACAGAGUGCAGUCUCUUCUGGUUUCCCAGGCUUGUCUGCCUCUCUGAAGGUUUAGCUCUCCCUCCCACGGGAUUUGGGUGCAGAGAACUGUUUAUCCGGUCUGUUUCCUUCAGGUUCCGGCGGUGUCUCAGGCGUAGGGGUCCUGCCGCUCCUGGGCCCUCCCCCACGGGAACCCAGAGGCCUUAUACAGUUUCCUCUUGGGCCAGGGAUGUGGGCAGGGGUGAGCAGUGUUGUUGGUCUCCUCCGCUCUGCAGCCUCAGGAGUGCCCACCUGAUCAGGCGGUGAGGUCUCUCUCCCACGGGGUUUGGGAGCAGAGACCUGCUGCGGGCCGGGAUCCGCGGGUGUCGGGAGGAAUAUUCUUAAUUGAGGUUCCCUCCUCUCAGAUGAAUUUAGCUUGUGUUAAGUUGACAUAAAACUAAAUAGCGCAUACUUAUUUUUAAGAAACUUCUACAUGGUUAGAGAGAAAGUGUUUAUUGAGAACAGGAAGCCAUCUCACGAGCAGGCGCAGCAUGCCCUUCAAAAGAGGAGCCCCAUGACCUGUUCUCUGACAUUUACAUAGCCCCCACCUCCACAAGGCCUCAUAUCACGAGCCUCUCUUGCAUAUGAUGUAUUUAUUACAUAAAGCCCAGGCAGGAAAGGACUUCCAGCCCUUCUCUGCAAAUGUUCAUCUUUUAUGUGUUAGUCUUGGUGUUUCAGUUACAGGCUCCUGCUAUCUUGUCAUAUUCCUUGCUGAGAACUCCAUGUCUGGGAUGUCCAGCUUCCUUUUCACUGCUUUAAGGGAGUUUCCUUUUCCUUUUUUUUUCUUUCUGUCUGAAGAUAGUCUCAGUGAAGCUUAUUGGUAGCAGUAGAAAUCCAUUUAAAAAAAAAAGAAAAGAAAACUAAACAAACUACCAUAUGAAUAAUUCUUUGAUAUAUUCAUUGCCUAUAACAUCUGGUAGAUAUGGCUAAGAAAUAAACAAUAUUUUCUUUGCAAAUAAUUAUAAAAAAUAUAACUGAUGAGUCACUUGCUAUUAAAAGUACAAUGUAAGCCAGUAGGUGGUGGCACAAGCCUUUAAUCCCAGCACUCUGGGAGGCAGAGCCAGGUAGCUCUCUAAGUUUCAGGUCAGCCCGGCCUAUAGAGCAAGUUCCAGGACAGCCAGAGCUGCACAGAGAAACCCUGUCUCAAAAGACAAAAUAGGAAAAAAAAAGCACAGUCUAAGUUGUUAGUAAGGCUUAAGCAACCUCCUAUCGCAUGUAACAAGAUCCUCUUAAAAACAUACUGUUUAAAAACUGCUCUGUGGGGAAGGUGGCUGCUUCAACGACUGACAGCCUGAGCUCCAUUCCUGGAAUUCACAUGGUGUAGAGGAGUGUGCGCGCGCGCACACACACACACACACACACACACAUACAUUUCCUAUCAAAUGUCUGAUCUGUCUUCAUUGGAAACGUCUUAAUUUUUAUUCCUGGCUUGAUUUCAUCCACUCCCACCCUUGGUAGUCAGUAUCUAUGUAUAAAUUUACUUUUAUUCUGUCUCUUUGUAUGUCUCAGGUGUGUGUGUGUGUGUGUGUGUGUGUGUGUGUGUGUGUGUGUGUGUGUUACACAGUGGCUACAAAGACUUAAAGAGGCUAUGGCAGAGAUAAAGGAGAUUUGAAGAGGCCUGAGAGGAAAGGUAGGAAGGUGAUAGAGAUGCCAAGAGUCUCUGUGGAAAUAAGAUGAUAAACCCUACUGGGAUCUGCUGGAGGUGCGAGUGGAGAGUCAGGCUGCAAGGUCAGAGGUGUAUGAUGUUCUAGAAAUGAGCCGGACGUGGAGGCACACACCUCUCUCAGCACUUCAAUCACAGCACUUUGGAGGCAGGCGGAUCUCUGAGGUUGAGAUUGGCCUGGUCUGCAUAGUGAGUUCCAAGACAGCUAGGGCCAUGUAGAAAGACCCUGUCCCCAAACAACAGUAAAAAGGAAGUUAGAGAAAUGAGAUGUGGGAUUGUAGGAGCUGUGGAAAAGAGCAGGACCGUGACCGUGUAACAGAUAACAGUAGAGCAGGCCACAUCUGUAACGGGAUAGAGCUAAGCUGAAGUUCCUGGAAUAGUUGGGAAUUCUCACAUCCUAAAAAUUCAUGACAGGUUAAUGGGACCAUUGCUGUCUGUUAGGUGUUCUCCUCCUCGAGGGGUUCAGGUAAGUGUGUUGCACCCUUCAAAUAAUCUGGUAAGUUCUAGGCCUGGCUUUCCUGAUAGUAUUAUCAUGUGUGUUCCCAUUGUCCCGGUUUGCUUUGAUAAAUUUGUAGGUGGUGGUAAACUUAUAGGGGCACUCAUUCUGUUUUUAGGAAUGAAUUAGUUAUAGAUCUACAUUACGGGUAGUGCCAGAUGGGAUUGUUUAUUUGUGCUUCAAGAUGCACGAUCUUCUUUGUCUUCAAAGCGGAGUCUCCAGACAAGGCACAGCCUGAGGAGGAUGACAAGAAAUCUCUGUGACAGCAUAUAAGUGGGUCUUUUCAAUCUGUUUCUCUUAGCUGACCGGUGUCUACACCGGUGUUUACAGUGUUUUAUUAACAUCUUUGGACCGGUGCCACCAUAUCCAUUGCUACUUUCUAAUCAUUACAUGUUCAUUGUUCUUUUAUCUUCUGUUUCCUUUCUGCUGUUUUUGAUGUCUACAGAGCAUCCCGAUUUCAUUUUCUCCACAUUAACAUAGCCAUUGGUUUCUCACCUUUCCUAGUAGUUGCUGUUGAGUUGGCUGUCCAGCUGAUCCGUGUCCACUUUGAGUACAUACCUCUUUCACAGACCAAGUGAAUGCCUUGUUCAGCACAGUAUUUCUGGGCCUCCCUCCACUUGAGCCACUGUCAACCACUUACUCACACGUGGCUUGAGUUGUGCAUGUAAAACACAGGCAAGCAUAAUGAUGAUAUGACUGUUUUUGAAAAAUUGUAAUCUGUAAAAUCAGUUAAAAGUAAGGAAAAGGUUCUUACUUUAUUGUAUUUUCCCCAUUGCUCUUUCUUCUGUUGAUGUAAAUAGGGUUUUUCUUUGAGGAACUUUUAACAACUCUUGGACAGCAGUCCUAGCAACACAUCCCUUCAACUUUCAUUCGAAAAAAAAAGGUAAUUUUGCUGGAAACGGGAUUCUACAUAAAGUUUUGUUGUUUGCUUUUCUUUCAACACUUUAGUUUUCUCUUCCCUCUUACAUAGUUUCUUAGACGUCAGAUAAAUCUUAUCUUUGCUUCUCUGUGGAUAAGGUGUGGUGGUUUGAAUUGAGAAAUGUGCGGUGGUGAUGGUUUGGGAGUUUAGGCGUACAGCCUUGCUGGGGGACAAGCUCUGAGGGUAUGCAGCCUUGCUCCACUUGCCGUGUGCCUCUCCUCUUGGCACUUGUGAUUAAGGUAUGAGCUCUCAGCUUCCUGCUCCUGCUGCCGUGCCUGCCUGCCAUGGUGGACUCUUACCCCUCUGGAACUUUAAGCUAAAUAAACUUUUUUUUAAAAGAUUUAUUUUAUUUAUUAUGUAUGAGUACACUAUAGCUGUCUUCAGACCCAGCAGAAGAGGGCAUCGGAUCCCAUUACAGAUGGUUGUGAGCCACCAUGUGGUUGCUGGGUUUGAACUCAGGACCUCUGGAAGAGCAGGCAGUGCUCUUGACCACUGAGCCAUCUCUUCAGCCCCUAAAUAAACUCUCAGUUCUUAAAGUUGCUUGUGUUCUUUAAGUGGCAUUUUAUCACAACAACAAAAGUAUCUAAAGGUUUGGUUCGGUUUUCCUUUAGUUAGCUUCUUUUGGACUAUUUUUCUUGGUCCUGAUUUUCUGAAGCUUACAUAUGCUUACAUAUAUUUUUUGUUAUUUAUCCUCCUUUUAUUCCGUUGGCAUCAUUCACAUGGAAUACCCUUCUGCAACUUGGACUCUAUAGUGAGUAUCUUAACGCAUAGCAUAUAGUUGAAUUGUGCUUUUCAUUUUUUUCUGCCAAUCUCUGUCCUUUAAUUGGAGAGCUCAACCCAUAUUAACUUAUUGUACUGUUGGUAAGGAAGGACCUCUGUCAUCUUUCUGUUUCUGUUCCCUAUGCCAAUUAUGUGCCUUAGAGAUUCUGUUACUGCCUUUUGUGUUGGAUAUAUACUUUUGAUAUACUAUUUUAAUAUUUAAAUUACUUUUCUUCCCAAUACCAAAUGAGAAGACAACCUAAGUUUUUAUUCCUCAUGUGCCACCCACCUGUGUGCUUGUGGGUAGUGUGUGUUCAUAUUUGUGUGUGCAUACAUGUAUGUAAAAGUGAAAGUCAAUUUCAAGUAUCCUUCUUACGCCUUGCCUUAGCUCUUCAGACAAGAUCUAUCACUGAGCCUAGAGCAAAUUGACCCUGAUAGAGCAGUUAACCAGGAACUACAGGGAUCUGCCAUCUUCAUGUCUUAUUUCCUACCCCAUGCUCAGCACAGACACAUGCUCCUCUGCCCAGUUCCUAUCUGUGAGAAAGUAAAAUCUGAACCCAGGCCCUUGUGCUUCUCUAGUAAGCACUUGACUAACAGAGCUACCUCCUAGGCACCACUACCUUCCCCUUCUUUCUACCUCAUUUUCCUCUAUGCAGUUCCUCCGUAGCCUACCUCUAUUCCCACUCUUCUGAAACUUCAUGUAGGGCUUUUCUUGUUUGUUUUGUUUUGUUAACCCACUGAGUCCACUUAGCACAUUCUAUAUGUGAGUGGGUAGUUAUAGCCAUCUGCUGGAGCAUGUGUAACCUCUCUGGCCACAUCCUUGAGGAAAAAUGACUUUCUUCUAGCAACUAUCAGUUGCCAAUAGCUACUCAAGACAGAUGAACUCCUCUCGUACCUGCUGGUAUCUUGGCAGGCCUGAUCUGAUGCAGGUCUUGUACACGGUCAUGUCCACUGAGUUCCCAUGUGAAACAGCACUGUCAUAUCUGACAUUUACUACCUUCAGUUCUUAGACUCUUUUUGUCCCUUCUUCCAUGGUGACCCCUAACACUUGGGGUGAGGGGGUGGGACAUAUUGUCCAUUUUAGAGGUGAGCACUCUGCAGUCUCGUAUUCUCAUUACCGUCCCAAGUCUGAUGCUAAGACACUACAUCCAGACUACAUGGAGAAAUCAAAUUGGCCCUGUCCAGGAAAAUCUGUCCUACUGGCGAGUGUUUAUAGUGCUAGAAGGCGAUGCACACACUUCUGAAGGAGAAAAACAGUCAACAGUCUCGCCCCAUGUUUCACGAGCCUGGAACUCCCCAGGUAGGCUAGUCUGGCUAGCUAGCUAGCCCCAGGAAGCCAUCUAUCUCUGCCUCCCCAGUUCUGGGAUUACUAGUCUUUUGUCAGACAUGUAGCUGAUAAACAUCUUUCCCCAUUCUUUGGGCUGCCUCUACAGUAGAUUAAUAGUUACCUUUGCAACGCAUAAGCUUUGAAUUUCAUGAAGUCCCACUUGUUGAUUGUUAGUCCAUUUCCUGGGUGACCACUGUCCUAUUCAGAAAGCCUUUUACUUGAGGCUGUAUCCUGGAGUGUGCCCCCUACUCUUUCCUGUAGAAGUUUCAGUUUUAAGUCUAGCAUUGAGGGGCUGGGGAUUUAGCUCAGUGGUAGAGCGCUUGCCUAGGAAGCGCAAGGCCCUGGGUUCGGUCCCCAGCUCCGAAAAAAAGAACCACAAAAAAAAAAAAAAAAAAAAAAAAAAAGUCUAGCAUUGAGAUGUUUGAUUCAUCUGGAAUUGAUUUGUGAACAGGAUCAGAGAAAGGAGUCAAGUUUUAUUCCUCUAUGUAUAGAUGAUGCACACUUUCCCCAAUACCAUUUAAAGAUGCUGUCCAUCUUGGUUGUUUUGGCAAUUUGUACUCAUUGUUAAUACUCUCCACUUAGUGAACCUUGUUCUUUUAUUUUCUUCUAGUUCUUUUUCAGUUUCCCUGCAGCUCGUUGAACAAGAUUUUUGUCUAGAAAUCUAUAAUGUCUAGACUUGGUCAAGUAAUUUCUGAAUUCAGUGGGGUUGUCUGUUUUUUGUUUUUUGUUCUCAUUUUUCUUUUGUAGUCAGUACCUUCUUCUUGUUUUGUUUGUUUUGUUUUGUUUUGAGACAGGGUUUCUCUGUAUAGCCCUGACUGUCCUGGAAAUCACUCUGUAGUACAGGCUGGCCUCAAACUCAAAGAUCUGCCUGCUUCUGUCACCGGAGUACUGGGAUUAAAGACAUGCACCACCACUGCCCUGCAAGUCUGUACCUUCUUGUUUCUCUGCAUCCCUUUUGGUUUUAGUUAACAACUGGACAUAUUGGAUAACAAGUUUGGAAGCAUCUCUGGAAGUCGACCACACCACCUCAGAAACAGAUGUACUGAGACCUCAGCCAAAAAGUGCUUGGUCAUGGAUGCUGACGAUGAGGCUGUCCUGAACCUUAUUGCCGAGUGUGAAUGGGACCUAAGCAAUCCUCCUGGGAACAUGAGCUCCAGCCAGAAGGAACAUGACGCUGACCUCCAUUAUGCCCAGGAGUCCAGACAUCUGUUGAGUCCUUUGUCCAUCCAGCACCAAUGUGGGGACUCAGCGAGGCGAGGCCAUGAGAAGAAGAAAGUCACCUCCAGAGGGUGUCCAGGUCAUUCCCCACAGGACCAGCUCUGUGGGGAGCUCCCCCCACAGCAUGGCCUGCCAGAGGCCUGCCAUCUGCAUGUGCAGCAUGCCCGCAUCGCUUCACAGCCAGACUCUGUGGAUGUUGAAGACUGUGCUUCAUCUUCUCAGAAGUCAACUUUGCCAUCACAAAAGAUAGUAAAUCCUUUGCCUGUCCCUGAAAAGUACAGGAAGCGAAGGAUGCCUGGGGGGAGAUUCCAGGUGCCUUCAGACCGGGAGUGUUUGAGCUUCCUAGAGAGGGCUGACGUGCCCUCCAGCCUUGAGGACAGUCUAAGCAGACAGGAUGGCUUGGAGGGCCAGAGUCAGGUGGCCUUGUCUCACUCUGAGGCUUUGGAGGCUGAAGAGCGGACAUCUCAUGGCACAAGUGACCCCAGAGUGCUGUCUCCUAAACUCUGCUCGGCAGCGGCGCCUGAGCGAAGGUCCACUCUGGAAAUGGCACUUCUGGAGGCGCUCCUCGACCUGAUAGACAGGUGCUCGAGUGGCAGUGGAUCCCUGCAUGGCAAUGAGGCUUUCCUCGCUCAGGCCAGGCAAGUUUUGUCAUCUCUUCAAGAGUUCACCGCAGCGCGGGACGGUUCAGCACUUGAGAAGGAAGGAGUUGGGUACCUGUCUCUGGAGAACAAGGCUCUGCAAAGCCGCCUUACGGAGCAGCAUCAGCAGUAUGCUGCUGCGGUGACCAAGGUGACGACAGAGCUCAACAACACAAAGAGGGAGCUGGACACAUUGAGACAACAUUUGGACAACUCAUUGGAAGAGAAUGACAACUUGAAAUCUCUUCUGUACAAUGUGAAACAGGAAGUGAAGCACGCAGACACGUCAGGUGCACUGAGUCUGCAGAUCACCGGACUUCAGACAAGUAUGAAGCAGCUCUCUGGGGAAGUUAUGGAGCUGAAGCAACACGUGGCGCACUAUGACAAGAUCCAGGAGCUCACACAGAUGCUUCAAGAGAGCCACAGCUCUCUGGUCAGCACCAAUGAGCAUCUCCUGCAGGAGCUGAGCCGUGCACGGGCACAGCACAGAGCUGAGGUCGAGCAGAUGCACUGGAGCUUCCAGGAGCUCAAGAAGACUACGGCCCUGGCCCCACACCGUAGCUCCCGCCUUGGUGGCCGGCAGUCCUGCUAGCUGCUAGUGAGCUGUACUCCAGGGUUGUACCUGGGCAUGUAUCUGUCUGAAUACCCUCCUGAGACUGUAAUUACCUUAGGAACCUCAAAAUGUAUUCGUAAGCUCAGCUUGCUUAUGUGUCCUAAAUUGACGUAACCGCCCUGGGGCUUCUUCACGUUUGGGAAGUUUUCAUUACACAUCCUGCGUAAGGUACCUGUAGUUUUUUUUUUCUUCCCAAUGUGGGAAAAUUCGUAUAAUUAAAAUGUUUUCAUGUGACAAACAUUCCUUACUUAAAGAAAUAAUAUAUUGCUAUGUUUAAAAGUUAACCCGUAGAUGGCUCUUUAUAAAUUAUAACUGACUUCCUUAUUGAAUUCUUCUAUAAAACAAGUUGUACAAAGUGAGAAGGAAGAAAUAAGUUCCAAGUUGAAAUAAAAAGUAAACUUAGAGAUGUGACAAACAUUUUAAAAACUUGUAUGAUGUUAACGUGUCAUAGUAAAACAAAUAAAAAACCUCCCCACUUGUGCCUCAA